AUGCUCCCAGGCUCAAACUACCCGCCACUCCCCACAGCCCGCCUGGACACGCUGUACUCGUACUAUCCGUAUUUCCCCAUCUCGGCCCGCGAGCGCGCCCACGCCUCGCUCCGACCACGGCCAUAUGUACGCCCAGCGUCAACCAGCACCACCAGCACCACCACCGGCGUGUCGGGCGCAGUGCUCUCCCCGCACGAGGCGCCACGCGCAUUACAUACGCCCGCACGCGGACACACUAGCAGUGCCACGACGAGUACUACUACGGCCAUCGCGGGCCCCUCUUCUGGCGCUGGCGCUGGCGCCGCCGCCGCCGCCCCGUCCGCCAGCGACCGCCGGCGCGACGCGCGCCGCGCCUGUGACCGCGCGGCACUGCGCGCCCUCCGCGGCCUGCGGCCGGCGGGCAUCUCGCUCGGCCUCGACGCGGGCGAUCUCAGCGACGAGGAGGAGGCGGUGGAGGAGGAGCGGGCGUCGGUGAAUGCCUUUGGACACCGGUUUCUCUUGCCGUUUGGGAGGCGGUUGACGCAGAUGGAGAUGGAGGCGGCGCCGUCGCCCACGCCGUCCGACCACGAACACCGCCAAGAGGACAACCAUCACAACAACCAAGCCUCGCCCCUCCCUCCACCGUCGGAACACUCUCCGGGCCUGGAAGCGGAAGACGCCGUCGUCGACCUGGACGCGAGCAUAGAGGACCGCGACGGCGACGGAGGCGGCGACCCGGACCGCAGCACAGAGUAUGACUCGGACGACCUGCGGCUCAUGCGCGCCAUGGACCGGAGCGUGGGCAGCAGGACACCCGAGAGUGAGGAUGGCGAGGACCUUAUGCCCGAGUGA